GAAAUGAUGUUUGCGUGAAUGUAUGAGAUGCUGUUAAAUGCCAUAUGAAGCGAGAUCGAAUGUAUGACGAUACAAUGCUUGUUGAACAGGUCCAAUAGGUGAGUACCUGUCCAACUAUCCACAUAUCAGUGCGAAAGGUGCUUUGCUUGGGGUAUUGUUUGCAGUUUGGUUGCUUUGGUUCGUUAGCUGGAAACCUGGUUCGAAUGGUUGCUGCAGAGACGCAACAGGGGUUGCUCAAGGAAUACGUGAAGUUUAUGGUCGAUUGCAAGAUAUCCCACUAGAGUGUAUCGAUUUUGCUGAGUGAGCGCGUGGAAAUUCAAAAAUAAAAGGCCUCGUAGACAGGCUCACAAGAAAUUGGUGUAGUUGAAGUUCGGUGCGUUGUUCUUUUCGACCAAUCGGUUCCUCGUCUACAGUGCGGAGAAAUUAAAAUACAAAGCCUAAUAGACAGGCUCACCAGGUGAGUAGCUGUCCAACGCUACAUAGUUCUCGCGCGAGGUGCUUUGCUGGUAUUUUCCUUCCAGAACGUGGAGCGGCUCUCGUGUUUCGUCGAUUUGUGCUGGUGUUUUCGAUAAUAGGCAAAAAGAUGAAGCCAAAAAUCCACGUCAGAGACAGCAUCGUCGACUUCUUACUACGCAUGGAGAAAUUCCUGAUGAGCAUCGAGGUACCGGACGAGAAUCAAAUAAAGUUUCGUCUUGAGAAGCUGGAAGCGAAGUGGAACGAGUUCGAGGAAAUUCAGUGCGAGAUUGAGGGUUCGGAGGAUCACGAGGAGAACAUCGAAGGUCAUCGGGUUAUCAGAGCGGAGUUUGAGGAAAAAUACUUCGAGGUAAGGGCAGGGCUGGUUGGCAAGUUACCGCGAGAGGUUCCGCAGAAUGCUUCACAGGCUACUUCUUUUAUAAAUUCAGAGCAUUCGACAAGUGUGCACACUUAUGUACGCUUGCCUCAAAUAAACUUACCUGAAUUCGAUGGUAGUUAUGAAAAAUGGCUUGCGUUUCAUGACACAUUCAGAGCCCUGAUCGACACGUCUCCAGAGUUGAGUGGUAUUCAGAAGUUCCAUUAUCUGCGGGCUUCUCUUAGGGGUGAUGCUCUUAAACUGGUCGAUUCAUAUCCGAUGAGUGACGCAAAUUAUAGGGUUGCUUGGGAUGCUUUGGUCGCACGGUUCUCCAACAAGUAUUUGCUCAAGAAGAGGCACUUGAAUGCGUUAUUCGAGUAUCCGAGGAUCAAGAAAGAGUCUGCAGUAGCGAUCCACGAACUCAUAGACUGUUUCGAGCGGAAUACAAAGAUUUUGGACCAGUUGGGAGAGAAGACAACCGGUUGGGGGGCGAUGUUGACGCAUCUGAUGGUUUCGAAAUUGGACGAAAUUACUCAGAAACGUUGGGAGGAGCAUGCUUCAGGUGAGGAAGAGCCAUCUUUUGCAGUCUUGGUUGGGUUUUUGAAGAAGCAGACAGGGGUACUUGAUGCAGUCUCGGUAGAUCAACAUUCGUCAAACUCUAGCUGCCUCUCUUCAACCAAUGGGGUCAAAUUCCGUCCAACAAAGGUGUCGGUCAAUGCGGCGACCGAAAAUACGGGUCCGAACUGCAUUGUGUGCAGCGAGCAACAUCCGAUUGCGAGGUGUCCAGCGUUCGCCAAGUUACCUAUGGAUAAACGGCUGCAGUUCACCAACUCUAAGCGGUUAUGCAGCAACUGUAUGGGGCGUAAUCAUUUGGCACGAGAUUGUCCGUCGAAAUACCGGUGUAGAACUUGUUCCAAGAAGCACCACACUAUGCUUCACCCUGGAUUUCCUGGUUCUGGUUCAACUACUGCGACGGAUUCAGCCGGUUCUGUUGCUGUUCCAUCAUCUUCUGGUAAUGCGUCGAACUCUGGUAGUUUGGUUGCAAGUUCGGUCGCCCCCAUUUCUUCUAACGUAGCGAUUGGGCCCGUAUGCUCGCAUGUCUUCUUGCUUACGGUGGUCCUGAAGGUAAAGGACAGAUGGGGACGAACGCAUCUCGCCAGAGCUCUGCUGGAUUCCGGUUCACAGGCUAAUCUCAUGUCGGAGAAGCUCUGUCAGAUGCUUAAGCUACCCAGAAGCGAAAAGAAAGUAGAGAUCAGCGGUAUUGGGAAGUCACGAAGGCAAAUUUCUUGCGAAGUUUCUACGGUUGUCAGCUCACGCACACUGGAGUUUUCAAUGUCGAUGGAAUUCUUGGUUUUGGGGCAGGUUACGGACAACCAGCCAUCUACGUCACUACCAUUGGAACACUGGAAGCCUCCUUUGGACAUGAAACUAGGUGAUCCCGAGUUCUUUAUUUCUGGGCCGAUUGACUUGGUACUUGGGUCGCAGUUUUACUACGAUUUUCACCUUCUUGAUGGUGGCCGGCUACAAAUUAGAAGGUUCGACAACACUCUUCCAGCAUUUGUCAAUACGGUUUUCGGAUGGGUUGCCGCAGGCGAAAUUGGUUUGAAUGGUGAGGCAUCGAGAAUAAGUUGCAACUUGGCAAUAGCUGAGCCUCUGGACAAAUCCAUCGAAAGAUUUUGGGCCAUCGAGGAGCUAUCGGAGAAACCACCACGAACACAGGAAGAAGAGGAUUGCGAGUUGCACUUUCAGAGUACAUUCACUCGAGAUGAAAAUGGGCGUUACGUGCUACGGUACCCUAAGCACAUGGGCUUUCACGAAAUGAUUGGAGAGUCAAGAGAGGCAGCAUUGCGACGGUUUCAGCAUUUGGAAAGACGGCUGAAGAGAGAUCCUGAUCUAAAACGGCAGUACAGCGAAUUCAUGCAAGAGUACUUGGAUUUGGGACACAUGAAACGCAUUGGCACCGUUGAAGAUUCGCGGGAUGAGGAACGUCUGGUCUGUUAUCUUCCCCAUCACCCAAUUUUUAAAGAGUCCAGCUCAACUACCAAGGUGCGAGUAGUUUUCGACGGAUCUGCCAAAACUUCUACGAAUCGGUCCCUCAAUGACGCACUUCUUACCGGACCGGUGAUACAAGACGAGCUGCUCGAUAUCAUGCUUCGCUUUCGCAAGCACGCUAUCGCUGUCGUGGCGGAUGUAGAAAAAAUGUACCGACAGAUACGCAUACAUCCGGAAGAUGCAUCAUGUCAACGGAUUCUCUGGCGUUUUGAACCAUCCGAACCGAUUCAAAUAUUUGAGCUUCUCACCAUAACUUACGGUCUGUCUCCAUCCUCCUUCAUGGCAACCCGAGUCCUCAAACAACUGGCAUUGGACGGUGCGAACGAGCACGAAGCUGCUUCCCUCGCGGUAGCGGAGGAUUUUUAUAUGGACGAUUUCCUCUCUGGAGCGGAUUCCGUUGAGAACGCGAGACGAUUGAAACAUGAAGUGCAGAAUUUAAUGGCGAAAGGCGGAUUUCAACUUCGCAAAUGGAGCUCAAAUGUACCGGAGGCGUUAGAAGACUUACCUGCAAAAGCAACCGAUGGCCCCUCCAUGUUUUAUUUCGAAAAAGAACCGAAGGUAAAAACGCUUGGAGUUGCGUGGGAGACGGACGCGGAUCGGUUCUGUAUCGAAGUACGAGACGUUAAGAAUAACGAGCAAUGGACAAAGAGGAAAAUCUUUUCAGCGAUAGCCCAGCUAUAUGAUCCGCUUGGACUCGUUUCUCCCGUGAUAGCUUGGGCGAAAAUCCACAUGCAGCGACUUUGGUUGGCUUCCGUCGAUUGGGAUGAUCCAGUCCCUGAUGAUGUCAGUGCCAGAUGGGAGGAAUUUUACGUUCAGUUGCCGGAGUUACGAUCGUUCAAGGUGUCAAGGUACCUUUUUCAACCGGAAGCAGAAAACAUCCAGUUCCAUGUCUUCUGUGACGCGUCGGAGGUCGGAUACGGAGCUUGCAUUUAUGCACGUUCAACUGGCCAGGAUGGUCAUAUCAAAGCCACGCUGAUUACAUCAAAAUCUCGCGUGGCACCACUCAAACGGCUCACGCUACCCCGCUUAGAGCUGUGUGCUGCACUUUUGGGGGCAAAACUGUACGCCCGGGUCUCAGCAGCGCUGCGGAUGGAGGGAAUUCCUAGCUGCUGGAAUCACGUCAAAGGGGUUGACAAUCCAGCGGAUUACGUUUCUCGCGGCAUGCUUCCCAAGGAUUUUGUGUCCAAUACCGUAUGGCCAGGUGGUCCAUCUUGGCUCCUGAAAAUGAAAGAAAACUGGCCCAAACGUCUUAAUACAGAACCCCCACCGGAGGAAAUACUAGAGAGAAGAAAAACUGUCCUAGUAACGCAAAGCAUCUUGUCCCAAUAUCCCCUGUAUGAACGAUCAAAAAGUAACCGACGGAAGGAAUCGUUUAUCACUGCAGAUGAAUUGCAAGCAGCUAAGCAUGCUUUGGUCAAAGGUGUACAGCAGCAAAUGUUCCCGGAAGAGUUGAAAGCAUUAAAACACGGUCGGCCAAUUCCAUCGCUGUCUGCAUUGAAAGGUCGUCGUCCAAUCGUAGAUGCAAAUGGCAUACUUCGUGUCGGUGGCCGGCUUCAACACUCUGAAGAAGAAUACCCAACCAAGCACCCUAUGAUUCUCCCCAGCAAGCACCCACUAUCGCGCCUCAUCGCAGAGCAUCAUCACACCCUUGCAUUUCAUUCUGGCCCCCGAAUGACACUAGCAUCAAUUCGACCAUUCACAAUUACAGGUGUAGAUUAUUGUGGACCCGUUUAUAUGAAACCUGUACAUCGACGAGCAGCCCCACAGAAAGCAUUCAUCGCCGUGUUUAUUUGCUUCGCCACCAAAGCGGUCCAUUUGGAGCUGGUUUGCGAUCUCUCGACGGAUGCAUUCGUCGCCGCUUUGCGCCGUUUCAUUGCUCGUCGCGGCAACCCCGCAGAGAUUCACUCGGACAAUGGAACUAAUUUCCAAGGAGCAAAAAACGUACUAACGGCUUUAUAUACUAUGCUCAAUAAUAAGAAAGAUCAGGAAAAAAUCGUCAACGAAUGCACUAGCAGGAGAAUUGAAUGGAAAUUUAUACCUCCCAGAGCACCCAACUUCGGUGGCCUUUGGGAAGCAGCUGUAAAAACCGCAAAAAGUUCCCUAACUAAAACUCUCGGUAACUGUAAGCUGUCAUAUGAAGAUUAUGCAACCCUUUUAACGCAAAUCGAAACAAAUAUGAAUGCUCGUCCGCUCACUCCGCUUUCCGAAGACCCUACAGAACUUGACGUGCUUACACCAGGACAUUUCCUUACUGGAACAUCGUUAACAGCACUACCAGAUCCAGACUAUACAAGCACCCCAAUGAAUCGGCUCAAGCACUAUCAGCAACUGCAGCAGCUAAUUCAACAGCACUGGAUUCGAUGGAAGAAGGAAUAUUUGACGGAGCUCAACAGCCAGCAGCAAACAUCUUCAUCACCGGUCGAGAUCCAUGUCGGGCAAUUGGUUUUGGUACGAGAGGACAACAAACCAUCGCUUAAUUGGCCGCUCGCCAGAAUCAUCGCCACUCAUCCUGGAGAAGACGGUUGUACACGAGUAGCGACGGUGAAAACAACAGCUGGUAUUUACAUUCGUCCAACAUCCAGAAUUUGUCCACUUCCGAUCAACCAUAACCUGCAUCCACACCAGGAACAAUUCCAAUCUGCAACAGCAGCAUCAUCAAUGGCUAAUAGCGGAGCCAGCUAA